AUGCUACCACCUCCGGGUCUUGAAGGAAUGGUGAAGCCAGGAAAUGUUCUUAGACCGAAGAAAGCCAUCUAUGGAUUGAAACAAUCACCUAGAGCAUGGUACAAUAAGGUAAGCACAACACUGAAUGGUAGAGGCUUCAGGAAGUCCGAGCUUGAUCACACCCUCUUUACCCUCAAUACUCCUUCAGGAAUCAUUGUUUUGCUUGUGUAUGUGGAUGACAUCAUCAUAACGGGCAGUGAUAAGGAAGGAAUCCGAGCCACCAAGGAGUUUCUGAAAUCAGUAUUUGAUAUAAAGGAUUUGGGAGAGAUGAAGUACUUUCUUGGGAUUGAGCUGUGCAGAUCCAAGGAAGGGUUAUUCAUCUCUCAAAGGAAGUAUGCAUUGGAUCUCUUGAAGGAUGCUGGUGCUUAUGGAGGAAAAACAGCCAAGAUGCCCAUGGAAGAUGGGUGCAAGGUUCCACGUGAGGGGAAGAUUGAAGACAGCAAGCUGUUCUAUGAUCCAAAGCUGUAUAGGAAGCUUGUAGGGAAGCUAAUAUACUUGACUAUCACUAGGCCAGACAUAUGCUUUGUUGUUAACCAAGUAAGCCAGUAUAUGCAAGCUCCAUGA